AAGGAAACGACCGACCUUAAAUACAAACAAUUCUGCAAUCUGCGCGCAGCUGACAGUCUGUGUGUGACUGUGUUAACGGAUCGCCGCUUCUAGUGACCAUGUGGACUUGCAAGUCACGGCGGUUGUGUUUGCUGGGCAGCGUGUUGGCGGCGCUAGUCGCGGGCGCGCUGGUGGCAUUGCUGGUACUACAGCCGUGGGCCGGGCCCGAUAUCCCGCGCUUCCCGCGCGCUGUUGUUGCCGCCAAUGGCUACGAAUGUGCCUCCGUUGGACGGGAAAUCCUGGAACGAAAUGGUUCAGCUGUGGAUGCGGCGAUAGCAACAUUAUUCUGUGAGGGAAUCGCAUGCGCACAAUGCAUGGGACUCGGCGGUGGAUUCCUAGCCACGGUGUACGACGCGGCGUCGGGUCGGGUGCGCGUCAUCAACGCCCGCGAGAGGGCGCCCGCCCAGACGCACGAGAACAUGUUCGUCAACGAUUCAUCGACCGUCGGCGGCCUCGCAAUCGCCGUGCCCGGGGAACUGCGAGGCUACGGCGAACUCCAUCGGGUGUACGGCCGCCUGCCGUGGCGCGAGCUCGUGAAGCCCACGGCAGACUUGUGCCGCCGCGGCCACCGCGUCAACGCAUACAUGGCUCGGGUGCUCAGAUCAUACAGCGACAGAAUCAAAGCCGAGCCCUCUAUGCGGGAGGUGUACGUGAACGCGGCGACUGGCGAGGUGUGGAACGAGGGCGACCUAAUACCAGAACCGACGUUGGCGCAUACCUUGGAUAUAAUCGCGGAGGAGGGCCCACUGGCGAUACACAACGGCUCCCUCACGAAACUGCUCGUACAAGAUAUCCGGAACUUCGGUGGCAUUAUUUCAGAAGACGACCUCAGGAAUUACAGGGUGGUAUGGCAAGAGCCGAUCGCCGUCCCCCUGACGGAGGAGUACACGCUAUACUCGGUGCCGCUGCCGGGCUCCGGGUCGGUGCUGGCCUUCAUACUGAACAUGCUGCGCGGCUGGGUGGGCGACGGAACGGACGCGCCGACCGGCUCCAACCUGUACUGGCAUCGCGUCGUCGAAACGUUCAAAUACGCGUACGCAAAGCGAACCGGCCUCGGAGACCCUUCACGCUUUAACCCCACGCUUCAUGAUAUACGAGAGCUGGAGCGUAAUCUAUCGAAUGCCGGUUGGGCGCAGUCGUUCCGUGACCUGGUGAACGAUACCAAGACAUACUCGGACUGGGAGCACUACGGCGCGCUAUUCGAGGGCGCGGACGACCACGGCACUGCCCACAUCGUGGUUGUCGCCCCCGACGGCAGCGUGGUCUCAGCCACCAGCACUAUUAAUUAUAUUUGGGGCUCUCAGAGACGCUCGACGUCGCUUGGGUUCAUGUUGAACAAUGAGAUGGAUGACUUCGCGAUCCCGCACCGCGAGUCGGCGUACGGACUGCCGCCGUCCCCCGCGAACAUGUUGGCGCCGGGCCUGCAGCCGCUCAGCUCCAUGGUGCCCAGCAUCGUCAUGACGAGGGGCGGCCGCGUCGACUUGGUGCUCGGGGCCGCGGGCGGGACCAAAAUUACCACGCAAGUCGCACUGAUGGCUAGACAUACGAUAUUGGAAGGAAGCGAUCUGCCCGACGCUGUACAGAGACCACGUCUUCACCAUCAACUGUUACCAAUGGAAGUGCAACACGAAGCCGACUUCAACCCGGCAAUAAUUGCGUCACUUCAGGCGCGGGGCCACGCCACAACAGAACUGGGCCCCACCGCUGGGUUCGCAGCAAUGGUGGCCGCCUCGCGAGACUCCUCAGGCUACUUAAUCCCGCAAACAGACCACAGAAGAGUUGGCAGUAUUGACGGAUUCUAAAUUUAAAAGUUACACUCAUAGUCAUUUAAAACUCGGCAAAGUUAUAAACAGCCUUAAAUAUAACUUUGCUAAUCAAAAAAAUUGGCAAACAGAAAUAUAUAGGUAAAUAAACUUCAAUGCCGUAGGUUUCUACACCAUCAACACAAACCUACUUAUAUUUUUGUUCAUAAGUUGGAUUGAAUCCAAAAUCGAUUGUGAUACUAUAUUUAUAGAGGUGGUUACUUUCUGGUUGUAAGUAUUAUUUUGUUAUAGAUUUGUAAUUAAGUUGCUGUGAUGUUUAAUGUAUUAUUAUUCGUGAAAUAAAUGGUUUUGAUGGUAAAAAC